AUAAAAAGUAAACAUGGGAAUAAUAUAAGCAGUAAAUAUGGAAUUCACACCACAUAUAUCUACUACACCUCUGUAAUAAAAACAUGGAACUAUUAACUGUUUAACCAUUUAGAGGCACGUACAGGCCAACUCAUUUUCUAGUUUGUAGGGCAGCCUAUUUGGCACUGCAUCACAUUUUCUCCACUGGAAAGCACCUUGUGCUUCAUACCUGACUGGCUGACAUUUCAUGAUCCUGUUAACAAGUCACCAAGGGUUUCUGCCUGACAGGAUCUGUGAGUCAUAGGUGAAGAAAAUUGGUUCAACAUCACCAGCGGUUUUGAGAGCUUCUCCUGUUCUUACUAAAUAACUGUAAGAAUCAUAUAGAGUAUGUUGCUGACUUAAUCGACUUUGUAUGUGACAACACAAUGUGUGUAUAAUUUUGCACUUUUAUAGCUACUCUCAUGUAGAUUUUCAUUUUAGUUUUUGAUUAGACUUUCAUUGGUUGUUUAAUACCACACAUCCACUCUUACUCUGAGCAAUGUGCUCCUACAGGAACACAAAACAGCUUUGGUGGUUCAUUUAUUAUUUUGGCCUUUCUUAAGGGUUUGAAGUGAGCUCCUUUGGGAAAUAGGUGAUGUAGGCUAAUGUAUUGCCUUGCACCAAUCAGAGUUUAGCAACAUUUGAAUCCAAAUUUGAUGACAUCUGUGGGGUUGUUUGCUUAUGCUGCCUGACCACGGCUGAAGCAGAUCAGCUGAGUUUUUGAGUUAAAACUCUUGAUAAAUAAAUGUGGGGCUUUCUUUUCCGAACUUGAACUUAUUAUUGCACAUUGAGACAUACAUAUUUAAUGCUACAGAUAAAUACUUUUUCGAAAGAAAAAAACAACUGUCACAGGCUUAAAUACAUGUUCUCUAUCGCAUAUUUGACAUCACUUCCGGUCUUCUAGCUAUCAUCUUUACAUUUCUGCAGUCAGCAGCUGUGGGCUAGUAAAGGACUAGCAGCGACGUGGCGUCUGCGCAGCAGGCUUCAGCGGGGAGGGGAGGAGAGGGGAGGGGAGGUGUCUGCUCCUGACAAUCUCUCCAGCAUGGAGCAGCAGAGCCGGGCAGAAGCCGCGCAGCGCCGCCCCCCAGCGCCUCCGCACAGCGCCGCUUCCGCUUCUCACCCGCGGCAGCCCGAUGGCAUGCUGGCGGAAUGUUUGAGGCGGGCUCUUCAGGGAGACCCAGGUGUUGGGACAACGUCCACGGGCCGCUAGUCCUUAUCGCUCCAGUAUUAUAACACAUCAGCAUUACUAGGUGGUGAGCCAUUUUGGACUCACUGGUCAGACUGUGCAGCUCGGCUCUCUCUCACCCUCCGCUGCUGUGUGUAGAAGAAGCCUGCACGGAAGUUGUUGGAUGGCAGCUCUUUUCCACAAGUUCACGAUGAAGACCAGCGUUUUUCUGCUCCUGCUGGCAGCUUUCACCUGUGGACUCGCGCAGGCAGAAGAAAACGCACCCGGGGAGCUGCAGGUGGAGACCUUGGUGAAACCCGAAACUUGCUCUGUAUUUUCCACAAUGGGAGACACGCUGCAAAUCCACUACACGGGUAAACUGUUGGAUGGAAAGGUGAUUGACUCAUCACUAUCCUUGGACCCUCUUGUUGUCGAGCUGGGGAAGAGGACAGUCAUUGCAGGUCUGGAACAAAGCUUGGUUGGCGUGUGUGAAGGGCAAAAAAUCAAAGCCACUAUUCCAUCUCACCUUGCAUAUGGAAAGAAAGGUUACCCUCCUACAAUUCCAGGUGAUGCUGCUCUUGAGUUCGAGGUGGAGGUGGUUUCUCUGACGCAGCAGACGCCGUGGCAGAAAAUGGUCAACGAUGUGUUCCCCCUCGUGUGUUUGGCCCUGGUGCCCACUCUGCUCGGCUUGGUGGGACUUUACCUCUACAAAAAGGCCAAUGCCGAGAAGCCUAGCAAAAAGAAGGUGAAGGAUAAGAAGAGCAAGAAGAAAUAAGGACAAAGCACAGAACUAUUUAAAUAAAAAAGAAUUAUUGUA